GAAGCACAGUGUUUUUUCUUUGUCUUUUCUUUUUUUUAAACUUUACACUGAAACAAUUCCUCGCCUGCAGCACCCAGAAGUGAACAGCAGGCGACCCGGAAGGUUUGAAGUCCGACUGGAAGCGAGCAGAAAGAGGAGCCUGAACCGUUAUUAAAUAUUUCGUCGCUCCCUGGCGCAGGAUGGCUGAACCCCGCUUUAACAAUCCUUACUUUUGGCCUCCACCUCCUGCCAUGCCCAGCCAGCUGGAUAACCUAGUAUUGAUCAAUAAAAUCAAGGAGCAGCUGAUGGCGGAGAAGAUCCGACCUGCACAUCUGCCUGCUGCUUCAUCCGCUUCCCAGCAGCCCUUAAUGGCUUCUCCAAGCCAGGCUGAAGGCAGCCAGCAUGGGAUGUCCAAAUCUCACCAGAUGCCAAACCUCCAGAGCAACAGCCCCUCUCAGCCGGAUAUCGCCCUGCACGCCCGUCCUGCAUCAAGCUCAGUCACAGGUCGUAUUCUGGGAGAUGUUAACUUGAAUUUGGAUGAAAAGGCAGCUAUAAAAGCCAGAGGAUUAUGGGAAGACUGGCAUCUGCGUCAGCUCAUAGACCAUCCUUCCAGAACAAACCAUGUCUCAGGUGUCGCACUGGCAUCCAGAACAGGCAAUCUCAGCACCUCAGAGAUCAUCACCCCCACAACACCCACCUCAAGCAGCCACAGCCGGCUUGGUGGAGCUCCCACUCCUCACCUCAUCUCAGGGCUAGCGGGCAGCCACAGGAUGGAUCCUGGGAAAAGCAACGGGGGACUUUUGGGACUGCUCGGACCUCCUCCAAAGGAGGAACGAGGUCGCAAGAGGAUCAAGGCAGAGAAUGGGUCUUCCCUAUUGGUGGUGCCCUACCCAAUCCUCGCAUCGGGCAAUGACCAGUCUUGUGUCACCAUCACUGCCAAAGAGGGAAAAACCUACAGGUGUAAAGUUUGUCCUCUGACUUUCUUCUCCAAGUCAGACAUGCAGAUUCACUCCAAAACACACACAGAGGCGAAGGCUCACAGGUGUCCUCACUGCACAAAGACCUUUGCAAACCUGUCCUAUUUGGCCCAGCAUCUGCGCAUUCACCUGGGCGUCAAGCCGUACCGCUGCUCCUACUGUGAGAAAUGCUUUCGCCAGCUUUCCCACCUGCAGCAACACACCAGAAUCCACACGGGUGAUCGGCCAUACAAAUGUGCUCAACCUGGAUGUGAAAAGGCUUUUACCCAAUUAUCUAAUCUGCAGUCUCAUCAGAGGCAGCACAACAAAGACAAGCCCUUCAAAUGCUCCAACUGCUACCGUGCCUAUUCAGACUCUGCCUCGCUGCAGAUCCAUAUGUCUGCGCAUGCCAUCAAAAAUGCCAAGGCCUACUGCUGCAGCAUGUGUGGCAGGGCGUACACCUCAGAGACAUACCUUAUGAAGCAUAUGUCCAAACAUGCCAUGGUGGAACAUGUGGUGCCCCAUCAUUCACCUUCGCACAGGACAGAGUCUCCCACCAUUCCUAUACGGAUCUCCCUUAUCUGAUCUCAGCCAUUUCCUGUCCUCUAAUCACACUCUUCUUGUGAUCACAUAUUUCUGCUCAUUUCAUGGACAAGAUUACCCAGAAAUGGGCUUAAAAAGAUGUGCCAGUAUUUUGAGAAGAGGCGCUCCCUUGGCGAGUGUAUCCUACUUCCCUUUCUUGCUGACCAGAUAGUAUUAACGGGGACAUCCAAAGAUGAUUUCUCAGCACUUUGAGGCCUGAGACUUACAGGCCAAAAAUGUCUUUUAUAUGUGACUUGGACAGAAAAAAAGUAUUGCUCCAGGCAGCUACAUGGAAAAUCUUUUUAAACUUUGUGUUUUACAAAUUACUUUGUCGGUUUUUUUAUGCUCCUUUAUUUUUUUUUCCCUUGAGUUUUUGCAAAAAUAUAUAUUUGCAUCAGAAAUAGUCUUCCAUUAGCUGGGUGGUCAACUUAACAUUAAUGUGUAUGUAUAUGUAUUCAUGUGAAUCAUACCACCUCUCGUAUUGGUGUUUGCAAACACAUAGCUCUGAUGAACACAAGAAGGAUCUUUUAGGAUUUUUUUUUGUUGUUGUUGUUUUGUUUUGUUUUAUUAUUUAAAUUUUAUUUUGUCAUCCCAAAAAGUUGAGGACAGAGUGGAAAUUGAAUUUUUCAACAUAUUUGAACAAGAAAAACAGGCGACUAUGCCUGCAGGUUUAGGAGGCAUACUUUAACACCACUACAUAGGAAAAAAAUAGGAAUUAAAAUAGGUUAUCUAACCAAACAAAAGAUUUAAUGUUAACAGAAAAAUGUAAGUGCACUCUUUGCCUAAAAAAGCCUGACCUUUUAGCAGAUAUAACUUCCUGUGGGUUCUUGUUUGGCAUCACAACACUGUUAUGGUAAAUGGUUGGCACAAAUACAGGCUGCAGGUGAGAAAUGCAGGUGUAGGAACAAAAGUAAGCUUUACUUAAAGGUGACAUGCAAUGACAAAAGUCCAGGAUCCUUAGCAAGAUCCAGUAAGUGGCAGUCAACUAUUAAGGGACAUGUACAACACUACACACUAUUUGAAUGUGGAAGCAUGGUAGGAUGCCGCAGAGAGGGUAUGCAUAUUAUAAAAGUAAGAGGCAGAAAUGCAAAUAUUUAAACAGAUGAUUUGAUGAGAUGUGCUUUAACAUUCAACGCAGAGCAGGCAGUAACCAGCGAGAAAGUGAAGCCAGACAUCACACACUAGGAAAAUACUUUCUUUUGAAUAAAACAGGAAAUACAGCAAAUACAAACUAAACACAAACUAAUAGGUAUAAAACAAGAAAACCAAAAGUAAAAUCUAUUGACAAUAACACCUGUACCUCCUACUUCAGAUCUCCUCCAGGCUUUCACAUCAACUACAAUUUCUUCUUUGUUAAGGGGUCUGGUUGUGUACCCUUGUCUUGUUGCGUCAUUGGGUAAAUUUUAGUUCAGCUUCAACUUUCAGUGAGCAAGACUGUCAUUUUUUUUUCUUUUUUAUUACAUGGUACACACUCUGGAGCUGAGUCAGUGUCAGCAAGCGGCCUACAUAUACAUAUAUAGUCAAAAAUAAUGCGGUAACUAAUUUAUGUAAUUAAUUGCGUUAAAAUUUUUAACGCAUGUGCAGCAUUCGUCGUUUAUGACAGCGAGACAUGGAGGUAUCUAAAGGUGAGCUGGCUCACUCUAUGGAUGGGUUUGAGGGUGUCACCCCCCGUGGAGGAUGAG